UACACACGUUGAUGCCCGAAUACCCAACCACGAGAAGGUUGCAUACAUCGGUCGGAGUGGUUUGACAACUCAGAAUGUCAUGGUUGUAUGCGACUUCAACAUGUGCUUUACUUUUGUAGUGGCGGGAUGGGAAGGGAGUGCACAUGACAGUCGGAUUUUCUCAUUUGCCACCCGGAAUAGAUCGCAAUGUUUUCCUCACCCCCCAUCAGGAAAAUACUAUUUGGUUGAUGCCGGGUAUCCUAUGCAAAGGGGAUACCUGAAGCCUUAUCCUGACACAAGAUAUCAUCUUCCUGAUUUUGCGAGAGCGAGUGGCACCAUCCGUGGUAGAAAGGAAAUGUUUAAUAAACGUCACUCAUCUUUACGCGGGGUAAUUGAAAGAACAUUUGGGGUUUGGAAGAAGAAAUGGGUCAUCCUACGCGAUAUGCCGUCGUAUCCUUUCCAAAAGCAUGUGCAUAUUGUGGUUGCAACAAUGAUUUUAGUAUGA